GGUGAGGCUGAAACACUUAUGACAACAGAAGGUCCUGUAAUUCUCAACGGAGAAACGCCAGAACAAGCCAUCUUGGAAAGUCCGCCAAAAUCGCGUGGUAGAGACGAGAAAAAGGGCACGAAGAGACACGGGACGAAGCCGUGCCUGAAGAGAAGAGAGACACACCUGGUGUACUCGUACCAGCCUCAGCCUGAACAUGACACACAGUCUCACAAGUACGCACUGGAAAAUGUUAAACAGGAGAUGGUGGAACUACAUGUAUGGGAGGUUAUACAAGGAAUCAUCCGAAUCUUUAAGAUUGUGAGGCUGACAACUAAGGAGUUUGAAGAAAUCCAGAAGAAUGACAAACAGGGCCAAUAUAAACUACUAGGAGCUACUGCAGAGAGUCGAGUGAGAAAACUGAAACGGCGUGAGACCAACCUUCAGGACAUGUGCACCAACAACUGUAAGGAGAGGAUAGGCAACCUCUUCAAGAUCCUCAAAAUUAAAGACACUUCCAAGAGAAACAAGUGCAAGAAUUAAAUACUCGAGUGUGUAUAUUGGAGAUAUCCCCAACACUGUUUAUCAAUGCUAUGGAUGGAAAUAUACAUGACAUUUAGAUAGACUUGGGGCAAAAGCCAUGAAAAUUGCCAUUUUGUCCCCAAAUCUUCCAAUGUGACUGUAAUUCCACAUUGGAAUAUAAUAUUGACUAAGUGAUUUGCAAAACAUGGUGUAGAUAUUUCUGUUGGAUCUGCAUUUGUAACUUUUUGCUAGCAUUAUUGUAAAAACACUGGCAUAUAUAUCACAAUCUAACCAGGCAGCUUUAGAACAUAAGAUACUUUUGACAGUAUAAAAAAAAAAAAAUAUGCCAAAUAAUUCAUCCAUGUAGUUUUAGCCUAGGUAAAAUACAUAUUUGAGAGCCAGAACUAAUAAUGAAAUGACACUAUCCAGUACAUACACUCCAAGCAAAGUAGAGACAACAUUCCUAUAUUAUUCAAUUUUGAACAAGAACCUACUUUCCACUACUAGUAUACUGUUUCUCUGUUACAAGUUAUGACAUUGAGCAUUGUAAUAUUCAAAUGUAAAGUUCACAUAUUAUAUGUCAACAUUUCUAAAGCAGGAGAAUACAGGGUGUGAUGUAUAAGCUAGUUCAUGGUUUAAACUUCGCAUGCACAGUGGAAUGUUUUAUGGGCCUUAUAGUCAAAUUUCAAAGCCCCUGAGACGCAAACAAAGCAUGUCUGUAUCAAGUAUGGUCUUAAGAAAAGUUUUGGGCCUUUACCUUGGACAUCAUGCA